AUGGAAGAAAAAAUCAAUACAGAUUCCAAAGAACAUGCUUUUGAAAUUUUACAACAAUUAAAUGAAUAUCGUAAAACUGGACGUCAUUGUGAUUUCAUGAUCAAAGCUGGAUCUGAGGAACUUCCUGUUCAUAAGAAUAUUGUGUCGGCAAGUUCCAAUUAUUUUAAAGCAAUGCUAUCUCAUGAAAAUGUUGAAACAAAAUCUGGUGUCGUUGAAAUGAAGGAAUUUGAUGAAGUUUGUGUUAAAAAAUGUGUUGAUUUCAUUUACACUGGGGAUGCUUAUGUUGCCAAAGAAAAACGCGAAACACUAAUGGGUGUCGCUCACAUGAUGCAGCUGCAAAGACUUUGUGAUAGUAUCGCAAUUUUUCUGGAAGAUGAUCUUGAUCCUAGAUCGUUUUUUCAAACUAAAGAAAUUGCGAAUAGGUACAACUGUAAACAACUUGAGGAAAAAUGCAAUCAAUUUGCAUUGCAACGUUUUAAAGAAAUUGCUCAGUCUGAUGAGUUUAUGGAUCUUGAUGAAAAAUUUGUUUCAUUUCUGAUGGAAUCAAAGGAAACAAAAGCAAAGGAAGGAGUAAAAUGUAAAAUGUUGUUAGCGUGGACCAAACAUGAUAUUGAUGAAAGAAAAGAAUGUUUUCUUAGUUUAGUGAUGAAAUUUCAGUUGACAAAAAUGACUUUGUCAUAUAGGCGAUUUCUUGUUGAAAAUGAACCACUGAUAUUUAAAUCUGCAAAAUCUCUUCAGUCAUUGACUUUGUCAAUUCUAGACAGCCAUCUUGGAGAUACUAUUUCAAAAGAUGUCGAUUUAACUGAGAAUAAACAGCUUGUUGUUUUCGAUCAAACUUCUCAAAGAAUGCAUUCUCAUAAUGUUGAUGAUAAAACAUGGACACCAAUGCAAACCAUAGAUCAAGCAAUUAUACAGAAUUUAUAUUCUGCUGUAGUGAUGGAAUCUUACAUUUAUGUGAUUUGUAGAAAUGGAUCGUUUUAUAGACUUGAAUAUGCUGAAUCAAAUGCAAAGUGGGAACAAAUGGCAAAUACAAAUCUUCAUUGGGCAUGUGCAGUUGCACUUGAUGGUUUUGUUUAUGGUAUUGAGUAUAAUUCUUACUCAAACAGUAUAGAAAGAUAUGAUCCAUCAAAUAAUAGAUGGACCAAACUAACAAACAAAUCAUUGAUUCUGGCUAAUGAAUCUUUGGUGGCUGCUGAUGGAAAGGUGUUUUGUAUUGCAGGAUAUUCUAAUCAGCAAGGUCAAGCAACAAAUCAAGUUGAGAUUUAUGAUCCUGUCACAUCAACUUGGUCAAUGGAUAAUGGAUCAUUGAAUGAAGCAAGAUAUCAAGCUUUUGCAACAGCUACAGAGGAAGGAAUAUAUAUUAUGGGAGGUUAUAAUCCUAAUAGAGGUUCAAAUCUCAGUACUGUUGAAUUUCGUUCAUCUGUAACUAAAACCUGGAUGAUGUUGAAAUCAAUGAAAAAUGCAAGACGAGACUUCAGUAGUUGUGUGAUUGAUAAGAAAGUUUAUGUCAUUGGUGGAAAUGGAAAUUCUGCAAAUAUAGAGGAAUAUGAUCCUGAAACAAAAGAAUGGAAAAUCAUUGAAACAAUACAAGGAAAAAAUAUUUUUCCAAGAGCAACAGUUGCAAUAUCUAUAUAACAUUGAAAGCUUAUAUUCCUGGACAUAUAUGGCUCUCAUAUGCUUAUUAAAAAAUUCCUGUCAACAUUUCUAAUUUUUUCCCAAAUUUUUAUCAUAAAAUGAUGAGGGCUAGAAACCUAAUUUUCGUGCAUCAUAAUACCCAGCUAAAUAAUUUAAAUUUAUCAAAUAUUUAUUUAUUUAUCUAUCUUAUGUUCUAGUAUUAAGUUAUAGUUAGCUUAAGAAUGAAUGUAUGAUUUAAUAUUAAGUUUAUUGAAUUUUUUCAUACAUUUAUCUAACACUAUUGAUAAUUUGACAGCCUGAUGCUAAACAUUACCUGAUUUUAUUAAGAAGUUGUUAUUCGAAUCUUAUUAAUGGUUUCUUAUUUUCCCUAAUUUAUUAUAUUAUUGAACUGUUAAUGAUCAAGAUUUUAAUUUGGUAUUCUUCGACAUUUUCUAUUUUUUCAUUAUUUCAUUCAAUUUUGUGACAUGCCACAAUGGGACGUUGACCAAUUUCAAUUUUUAUUUAUGAAUCAUGGUUUAAUAAUUUGAAAUUCUUUUAUUCACAAUGCCUAAAUUGUUUUGAAAAAUUUCAUUUGAUCUUAGUUCAACACAACAAUUCAAGUUUUUCAAUUAUUGCUCAGAAUGAGUUAAUAUUAAAUAAUCAUUUGCUUUAGUGAUAAUCACUGUAUUUUUUUGAAAUAUUAAUUUUGUUUCCACUGUUUUCCUGAUAUAAUCAAUUACGAUACCUAAUAUGCUCUUUUUUAAAAUAGGUUUAUUAAUAUCUAUGAUCUACAUUAUGAAUUGUCAUAUUCAGGCUAGUUGCGAUAAAUCUAUUAUUACAUGGUCCCCAUUGUACAAAUAAAAGAAAAUACAAAACUUUUGGGUUUAGGAGGAAUAGUGUUUAUUCAAACAUGCCUUAGCCAUGACCUUCUGCUGCUCACUGUUGUCCAAUGCAUUAUUGGUAUUUUGUAUCUUUUUGAGGUGAGGCUCAUUUCAUACCAUCAUCUGUAUAACGUCAUAACAAACUUGUUGUGGCCUUCUAGGCUGAGAACAAUUAUUCAACUUCGGAUAUUUCUAUUCUGAAAAUGAUGAUGAUUUUGAGAAAUUUUCAUUUUCAAGAAUUUCUUGGCAACUAAUGAGCCAUGAAAUAUCAUUAUUAUUUAUUGAUUUCAA